UCUCUAAAAAGGGCGUGUCUUUAAGUUACAUUACAAUACAGUACAUUGCGUCACAAGCAAAGUCCUUCACAUUAAUGUGAACACAUUGAGGAAGUGAAUUGUCAUUUGCUCAGGUGUACUGUUGUAACAACAACGAUCGCCAGCACUUGUGACAGCAGAUCAUGAACAUGCUUUUGUUAUCAAUGCCAAUUGUGUAAAUACACCACAGACUGCCUGAUCAUGAACUUGCUUGUCUUAUCAAUGCUGAUUGUGCAAAUACACCAUGGACUGGCUGUGACUCACUCGCUCAAGUAUUUCCACACUGCGUCCUCUCAAGUUACAAACUUCCCAGAUUAUGUGGUCGUGGCUUAUAUUGAUGACAUUGAGAUCGGUCACUAUGACAGCAACACAAGGAAAGCAGAAGCCAAACAAGAAUGGAUGAACCGAUUUACAACGGUGGAUCCAGAGCACUUUCGGUUGAUUAGACAUUUUGGUAUUUACAUGGAAAUGAAGGACAAAGAGGACUUGGAAAGUUUACAGAAGAGCUUCAACCACACUGAAGGUCUUCACAUUUACCAGAAGAUGAGAGGCUGUGAAUGGAAUGAUGAAACUGAUGAAACCAAGAGUUGGAGACAGUCUAGUUAUGAUGGAGAAGAUUUUUUAGCAUUCGAUACCAAGACAUGGACAUGGACUGCAGCAAAACCACAAGCCGUCCCCAUGAAACACACGUUGGACCAUGAUCAAGAUUUUAUGACCUACUUAAAGUUUUACCACACUGAGAUCUGCGUUCGAAACUUGAAAAAAUAUGUGAACUUUGGUAGAGACGUACUAAUGAGAACAGACCUUCCAAAGGUGUUUCUCCUCCAGAAGACACCGUCCUCUCCGGUCAGCUGCUUCGCGACAGGUUUCUACCCCAGCAGUGCAACACUGUUUUGGAGGAAAGACGGCAAGGAUCUCCAAGAGAACGUGGUGCACGGAGAAGUCCUACCAAACCCCGAUGGAACCUUCCAGAUGACGGUGGAUCUGAAAGUGGAGGUGACGGCCGAAGUGGAGGGCAAGUACGAAUGUGUGUUUCAGCUGUCUGGUGUCAAAGAGGACCUGGUCACCAAGCUGGAGAGAAGAAGCAUCCUGAGCAACGCAAGCGAUGAAGACAACGUGAGGGUCAUCGUCGGCACCACGUUGGCGGUCGCUGCAGUGAUCCUCGCUAUCAUUGUCAUUGUCGUAGUUGCCAUACGUCACAAAAAUAAAUAAGCCAACUAUGUUCCAGCUGCUGGUGACGAUGGUACUUAGUGCUCAGAGAACUCUACGGAUGAAAGCAGUCGGAACACAGUAAGUUAGCUCACACUUUGCCGAUUUAUUUGAGUUUUUUGUUGCAGUAGAUUUAAAAUGUGUUGUCCUGAGGAGCUUCCACCCUCAUUUCUUUAGCGGAGAUUCACACUUAGCAAAACAUGGCUAAUGCUAACACUAACGAGAGUGAGACAUUGUUCCAAAGAAAAGAAAAGUGUUGUCAGUAGUUGAGAUUUGCGGCAACGGAUCUGGAACAACUGACUGCACGCUGCAAUGUUUGUUCAAAACAUGCGGCAGCAUAACAAACUUUUUCCUUUCUUUAAAAGUAGGUGAAAAAAAAAUCCUAAAUCGACUUUCUUGUGAAAAAAUCUGAGAUUUUAUGUUUAGGCCAUAUCACCCAGAACGAGCUCACAUGGACCGUUUACGUAUCCAAACUCAUCUUUCAGCUAACACUUGGAUUCUUGUGCUGUCAUGCUUUUCCUCCAGGAUCUUUUGUGCACUGGGACAGAGAACGACUACUGAGGAGCGUGGUCACACUUGAAGACGAGAAGGACAUGUGUUUUGCUCAUCAUCAAACUGCUCCUCGUGUUUAACAGUCUCUUGUUUUUUUAAGUUUAUGUCUUAGAAUUCAAGUUACGAUCAAAUGUUUUUGCCCCCUAUGGUGGGAUCACUUGCACUGUAACAGUAGUAUACUUGUAAUUAUGCAUUUUCAUUUUCGUACACUUCUAAUUCUUUGGCCAAACAUUAUGCACCUCCCAAACAAUCAUAUGAAGACGUGUUGGUGGGAUUGAGGAGGUCUUCGAAGUAUUCCUUCCACAUAUCCACAACAUCCGCAGUUAAGGUCAGCAGAACACCAUCCGCACCAUACACGGUGUUGACAGUGCACUGCUUCCCCUUCCUGAGGCGGCGGAUGGUGGUCCAGAAUUGCUUCGAAGCCAUCCGGAAGUCAUUUUCCAAGGCUUCCCCAAACUCUUCCCAUGUCCGAGUUUGUCCGGUGAGGUGGGCGGGGGUGUAAAAUAUAUUCAGGAAGUGUCAUGAAUACAAAGGCUUAUGGGUAUUUGUUCUGUUGCGUUUAUGUUGUGUUAUUGUGAGGAUGUUCUCCCGAAAUGUGUUUGUCAAUCUUGUAUUGUGUGGCUUCACAGUGUGGCGCAUAUUAGUAAGUGUUAAAGUUGUUUAUAUCACAACCAUCAGUGUACUCUGUAUCACCCAGUAUGCUAUUCAAUCUUGUAGUGUAUUUGUGGAAGCUCCACACGACAUAUUGCUGGACCAACAAUCAAUUCAUUCAUGUUGUCAAAAGGUGCCAAAGGUAAUGGUUACACAGCAUGACCAUAUUAUUGUCAUCAGGAUGAACGCUAUUGGAUAAUCGCGUGAACGUAAGCGGCUCCAAUUGCCUUCAUUACUCUGUGAAACAGGUUCUAAAUGGCUCUGUGAGUGGUAAAGGUGCCCAACCUCUGAUAUAUUUCAGCGGGCGGUUACGGUCCUGAUAAAAAGUUGGUUCGGGUGGACGGCAGGUGGAUGACGACUUUGGUGAUGCGGAUGCGGAUGAUAUAAUUGCCUAUCCGCGCAUCUCUGACGUAGAUCAUUUGAUAAAAUGACUGUUUCAAUGUUGCAGUUUUUGAACACACCACCAGGGUGUGCCCAAUAGGAAAUCCGUUAUUACCACUUUCUCAUGCAGUGUUAUGUACAAUUGCUGUCCUCCUGAACUAUUAAUAAAAGCCAAGUUAUUCAUGCAGGUAACCACAAAAAACAACAGCUAUUAAUGCUAAAAAGCCUAUGAUGUGUUAUAUGUAGCCUAAACCGAGUGUUUGUUUGCAAAAAUGUUUCUGCUUGACGAUAUAAUUCGCCAGCUCAACUUUCGCCCUGUUAAUACUUCUUGUUACACAGCAAUUACCCUAUCCUACAACUAGGGGGCAACACAGACCACGUUUAAAGCACUGUCUAAAUCAGUGGUUCUCAACCUUUUUUUCAGUGAUGUACCCCCUGUGAACAUUUUUUUAAUUCAAGUACCCCCUAAUCAGAGCAAAGCAUUUUUGGUUGAAAAAAAGAGAUAAAGAAGUAAAAUACAGCACUAUGUCAUCAGUUUCUGAUUUUUUAAAUUGUAUAGCAGUGCAAAAUAUUGUUCAUUUGUAGUGGUCUUUCUUGAACUAUUUGGAAAAAAAGAUAUCAAAAUAACUAAAAACUUGUUGAAAAAUAAAAAAGUGAUUCAAUUAUGAAUAAAGAUUUUCACGCGUAGAAGUAAUCAUCAACUUAAAGUGCCCUCUUUGGGGAUUGUAACAGAGAUCCACCUGGAUUCAUGAACUUAAUUCUAAACAUUUAUUCACAACAAAAGAAAUCUUCAACAUCAAAAUUCAUGGAACAUGUCCACAAAAAAAUCUAGCUGUCAACACUGAAUAUUGCAUUGUUGCAUUUCUUUUCACAGUUUAUGAACUUACAUUCAUAUUUUGUUGAAGUAUUAUUCAAUAAAUAUAUUUAUAAAGGAUUUUUGAAUUGUUGCUAUUUUUAGAAUAUUUGAAAAAAAAAUCUCACGUACUCCUUGGCAUACCUUCAAGUACCCCCAGGGGUACGCAUACCCCCAUUUGAGAACCACUGCCGUAGGACAUACACCAUUUGAUAUGCAGGUCAUUUUUAUGUGACACUUAUUGAAAUAUCUUCUGUGACAUCAUGCACUAAAAGUGCACUUUAUUUGUUUUAAACUAUUGUAGUGGCGUUCUGUACAAAAAGUGCACUUUAAUUUAGUGUUGUUUUGAUUCCUAUCGCCAACACUGCUGUCAACAGAGGAGGAAAAAAAUGCUUUAUUUAAAUAAAUAUAUUAUUUAUAAAGCAAAUUGAAGUAUAAUUGGCAAAUUUUCACCUUGGCACGCAUAUGUUCUUCCGAGAAUGUUGUAGUCGUAAUGAUUUGUGCAGUCCUUUGAGACAUUUGUGAUUUGGGGCUAUAUAAAUAAACAUUGAUUGAUUGAU